AUGAAAAAUAUAAGUGUAAGUUCAACAGAAUCAAAUGCAAAUUCAUUCAAUGGUAUCGUCCCAGAAUCAAUUAAGAACGAAUCGUUCAAUCUAGAAGAGAAUAUCCAAUCAUUUAACGAAAAUUUAGAAAAUCAAGAUUAUGAUAAAGCAAGUAACAUAUUAAUUGAUAUUGCCAAGUAUAUUUCUAUAGCUCAGCAUCCUGCACAAGACUUCAUUAAUAGCAAAUUCGUAGAUACACUGAUAAAUAUUUUAAUUACACCGUAUCCAAGAGCAGGAAAAUUCAAAAUGUUCACCAUACACAAAUCAUCAUUCAAUAUAUUAAUCAAAUUACUUACGAAAUCUAAAGAAUUAGCAACCUACUUAGUAGAAAAUUCGAUAUUUAAUGUUAUGUCACCAUUUCUUAUCAAUGACGAUGAUAACUUUACAUUAUAUCUCACAUUGAAUCUAUUUUCGUCUAUAAUGGCCUAUGACGACCAAUACUUAGAAAGUUUUUUAAAUUCUAACAUCCUUUCUCAACUUUUUGAGAUCAUAACCGGAUUUAUCAAGAAAGAUUCAUCAUCAGUUGCCAAAUUUGAAAACAAUAUUUUACAAUUUUUCUCAAAACUCAUUUCAUUUCCGAAAUUUAACGAUGAAACCAUGGUUUCGUCCAUAUUAAACUGUUUUACUCGCAUUAUACAACAUAUUCAACCAGAUAUUACUACGGAUUACGAUGAAAAACUUUACAAAUCCGGAUAUGAUCCAGUUUUAACAUAUUUCAAAGAUAUUUUCAUAACAUCAUCAACCGCAUUGAGAUCAUUAUCAUACAACAACAUUCUAUUUGUAAUAAAUUCACCAGAAUUACUAAAUUUAAUAAAUAAUUCACUUUACAACAUUUACAUGAACAAAACAUGGAAGAUCAUCCUUGAAAUGGAUAUAGCCAUACUAGAAAAUGCAUCAGAAUACACUGAAUUCGUUCAAAAUUUCAUUGAAUCUUUUAAUAUUGAAAUUUUAAUUCAAAACCUUCUUAAAAAGCCACAACAAGAAUAUUCAGUAGGAAUCAUGAAUCUCUUAUGCAUUUUUAUCAAUCAAAAUGAAUCUUUUAUCAAUAAUAUUCCAAUUGAGAAUUUAUUUACAAGAAUUCUCAAAAAAUCAAAUAAAUUACCAUUCCAUAACUUACAAUCAUUCGUCAAACUAUGUCUUGUUAUCAUUAACAGCAAUUUUGACGGAAUUAUUCCUUUAUUAUUCCAAAAUGAACUGAUUUCUCAAUUUCCUAAUGUUAUAUUAGAAUCCCCAGUUGAUUUACAAGCUCUCUCCAUCACUGCGUUCCAGAAUUACUUAAUAAAACUAAGAUCUCAAGGAAAUUCUUUUGAUGACUUUGUAAACUUCUUAAAUGGAGAGUAUAAAGACUUCCUUGUCCAAUGCUGCGAAUCUUCUCAAGAUAUUGCAGAUUUGGCAACUCAAUUUUUAGAAAUUCUUGAAGAAUAA